CUUCAGAGCUCUCCGAGUGCGUUUCUCGAACUAUCAUAGACGACCUCUGUUCCUUACUGACGGAGCGCCAGCAUGACAGGGCCUGUAUGCGAUGGAACCGCCGUGAUGGAGAGCGCCGUGCGCAGCGGAUCGGACGGGCGGCGCCGCGUGUACCUGGCGGUGGCGGCCACCUACCUCGGCACCGCUUCCACGGGCCUCGUGUACGCGUACUCUUCGCCCGCACUGCCGGACAUCCGGCACACCUUGCAGAUCAGCGAAGAAGACGCGGCCUGGUUCGGAUCCCUAGUGCUGGCCGGAGGCAUCGUCGCCGGAGCGUUGUCAGGGCAGCUGUUGAGCCUCCUAGGCCGCAGGGGCACCAUGGUGGUAGCGGCCACGUUGUUCACUGCCGGCUGGCUCUUCCUCGCAUUUGCCAAUUCCAUUGCGCUCCUAUUCACCGGCCGCGUGCUCACGGGCGGAGGAAUGGCCAUCGCUUCCGCAGCGUCCGCAGUGUUCGUGGCAGAAGUGGCUCCUGCCAGCCUGCGGGGAGCGCUGAACACCGGCUGCAACUUCAUGCUCUCUUUGGGAAUCCUCGUGGGCUACGCCAUUGGCAAGUGGCUCAACUACCAGUGGCUCGCCGCCGCCUGCCUCGUCCCAGCUGUCCUCAACGGCGUCGCGUUUCUGCUCUACGUCAGAGAGUCGCCCAUGUGGCUCCUGCAAAAGGGACGCCGAAAGGAGGCUAUGGAAGCCAUGCAGUUCUACCGGGGCGCGCGCUUUGAGAACGAGUUCAAAGCCAUGGAAAGCAGCAUGACGGACGUCACCGCGCGUCUCACCCUCGGCGACUUUGCGCAGCCUUACGUCUACAAGUCUUUCCUGUGCGCCCUUCUGACUCUGUUGAUGCAGCAGGCAUCGGUCAUCAACAUUCUGCUUUUCUACGCUCAAGACAUAUUCCAGGAGGCCGGCGUGGCCAUGGCUCCCGACGACUGCGCCAUCGUCGUGGGCGGAAUCCUCGCGGUGGUCUUCCUGGCGGCCGUCCUUCUCGCGGACAAGGUGGGGCUCAAGCUGCUCUUCAUCGUUUCGACCGCACUGUCCGCGGUCAGCCUGGCCGCGCUGGGCCUGUGCUUCCACCUGAAAAAGGUGAACGGCCAAAGUUUCCUCGACGACUACGGCUGGCUUCCCCUGGCUUCCAUCGCAUUCUACUUCAUCAGUUACUCCCUCGGACUCGGCCCCUUGCCAUUCGUGUUCCUCGGAGAAUUGAUACCGCUGAAGGUCAAGGGUGUGGCAACCAGUGCAUGCAUAGUCCUCUUCUAUGCGUGCGGCUUCCUCGUAACUAAGACGUUUGUAGACUUAGUGCACUUGAUAGGCACUGCUGCCUCGUAUUGGUUCUAUGGCUUACUACUGGUGGUAACGUCCAUUGUCUUUGUAAUAUUUGUGCCUGAUACGAAAGGGAAAACACUGGACGAAAUCGAACAAAUUUUCGGCAAGAAAGCUGUGCCUCCGCAGGUGUAUAACAUCAGUGAACUUGUAACGUAUCAUCUCUAAGAGCCUGGACCAGCAACUUCCUGCUUCACACACAUUAUGGACACCGAGCACCAUUUCUGACAAUAUAGUGGCAGGACGUGGCAGCAGUAUUUCCACUCACAUAGUGACAUUGAAAUCUUUCCGCUUUAUUACCACAAAUAGAAAAUCUAAAAAAAUAGCAAGCCUUGACAGAACUUUUUUUGUGUGGCUUAGUAUUGCUGCAUAUAUUGAUAAGGCGACCUAAUUAUAACGGCAUUCACGUUUUCGUGAGUAUUAUGAACCGGUGGCUUUGUCUACAGACAAUAUCACGGAACACAAACCCUGCUGUUCAUUGACGCACAGGGCUCUGUAGGCGCUACAUGAGUUUUAUUGCGAUAACGUUUAUAUCGACACUAACAUUACGGACACCAGCAAAUAUGUAGAGGCACCGUCACCACCUGUCACCAUCGUGUUUGCUGUUCUGGAUGCGACGGCGCAUGGACGGCACGCAUGGGCCAGCCCCCAAGCCCGCUCUGUUAUCGCGGUCGAGUCACAGGCGGAACGUAUACGCUGCCCAUGCGCUGUUUGUUUUUUGGAGGCAAUGGAGGCAUAGAGGAAAUGGCUGGAUACCACGUGAUCUGUAGCGGGGGCCUAGGGUACCCUAUACCAACGCGCGGGCUGAGCAUGCCGGGGUGAAUCCAGAAGGAUGGUAGCGCUAGUAGGGGCUGGAGGCUGGAUGCAUACCAUCUUUCCGCGCGCACAACGUUACAGGUAUAUAAAGCGAUCUGCAGAGAUUCGGAGGCUGGGCAGAUUUGAAAGGGUGAAAUGAGCACGGACCCUUGGCUUAGGGCAAAGAACGCGCGCUCAGCUGCCAGUACUCCUCGUCGCACCAGCGCCGAGACCGUGAGAAUUCUCGGCAGUGCUGCCAACUUUAUAAAUAUUUCCCUAGACCUAGUAAUUUUAGGCAAUGUUUAGAGAAAUAAAGAAAUCUGUCAAAACCUAGCAAAAUCUAGCAAAUUUUCACGCUAAGACUUUCUAACGACAAAACUGGUGACUUGGCGGCGUGUAUUGAUUUCAGUCACCUCAAAAUACCUUUGCGUUAGAAUGCGAACUACGCUGUUCGAUUGUACAUGCAGCUCAGUGACAGCAUCUCGCCCAGUGUACGACAGGGUGAGGGUGACUUGGGCCCUUUCACCAAGUACUGCUACUGCGCUUCUGGCGUUCGUAUCUCCAGCUGGGCUGUCGAUGUCUGUCCACUCUAAAUGAGAUAUGUAUUUAUCUGUAAGUGGCGAACGAAACGUAUGCUUGAUAACCAAACAAAGCAACGAGGGCAAAUUUCCACGUAAGCCGACGCAUAUAUGUCCUAGCGCCGAGCACGACAAUGCCGUCGUGGCGUUAAACAACCGACUACGCGCGCGUGCGCUAAAACUUACCGCGAACGCCGCAUCAGCACAGAAGCCUUGCCCAGGAUCCCAGUGGUCAUGUUUUUGGGCGAGCUUUGCUUUGGAGGAAGAAUAUAAAUUGUCUAGGUGCUUUGCUACCGCAAAUGGCGCGCAAGCACGAUUGCAUCGUGGUAAUACGUCAGCACGCGACAUUAAAUAUAUUGUAUUGUGCUGCGUAACAUGUGUUUCAAUUUCUCGU